ACCCUUAUGUCUACAAUAUCACAACACAAAAAAAAGGGGAAGAUUACUCCCUCAUCUCUCUCUCGGCUGAAACAAACUCCACACACCCACACAAUUGCAAUUUUUAUUAAACUCCAAACUCUUCAUGGCUUAAGGGAUCUAAAGUGGUUACAAGCAUAUGAAACUUUGAUUUCCAAAAUUUUCACUCCGCCUCUCCUUCUUGUCGUUCUUCUCUUUUAGAAGCGUUGGGAGUGGCAGCCAUGGUGGUUGUCGGCCGUGAUGACGGCAGCGGCGGCAGUGGUGGGUUCAGUUUCAGUUCGGGUUUUGGUCAGGGUGCGAGACUCGGUUCAACUCGGUUCACUUCGGUCAAGGUUAGUUCGACUCGGUUCGGUCCCGAGUCAACUCGAUCAGAUUCAGGAUCGGUCAAAAGUGGUCAAACGGCACACGGGUCAGAUUUGAUUUCCGGUUCGGGAUACGAGAAGGUUCGGUCAAACCCGAGUCAACUCGGGUCAACAGCUGGUCAAACGUCAGUUUCGGGUGUUACGGAUUCUGGUCAGCGGUUCGGGUCAACUAUAGUCAACUGGUCAGCCGCGGUUCGGGUGCGGUUCGAUGGGCCAGAUUUUCGUUCAAUUCGGGUUGGCAGUCAACGGUCAAACCCGGUCAACAAGUCAACACCGGGUCAAAGUCAGUCAACGCGGUUCGACGAAGCGGCAUGAGGAUCCGGAAUUCUUUAGUUGCAUGCUAGCGAGUUCACAUUAUUGGAAUGACAUCACGAAACCACGUUACGCUAGCUUUGCACGGGAAUGUCAAGGUUGCAUUUUUCAAAACUACGGAACGGUUGGAAUAGAAGAACCCACGGGAUUUCGAGUACUUAGCGGGCGUUCAUUGUUUAGAAGUCUUAGCUUUUUGCUUCCGUUGUGCAAUGAAGAUACCGGUCCAGUCACGCCAGCUCUGAUAUUUCAGGGUGUGACAGAAAUAGGCUUUGAGGGGUUCGGUGUGCUAAAAUAAACUUUAUGCUCAUUCAGGGACUAAAAGCGUCAAAAAGUGUAUAAGUUUGCAUUUUCGCGCAUAACUUACGUUCUGAAUACAUCCGGACAUCCAAAAAUUUAUGUAAUCAUUAAAAUAUUAUAUUUUAAUUAUUGGCUUGAUAAAAA